CCGCAGCGUCGUUCCUUCUCCCUCAUUCGCUCCGUGGAGAAACAGACUAAUAAAUAAAUAAACCACCUGCGUCCUCCCAUUUGGGUCCUUAGCUUCCCCCUUCUUAAUAUUUUCUCACUCACGAUUGCGCUUCGUCUCCGUCAGAGGAGGGAAUAAGGCAAGGAUUUGUGAUUGUCUUUAACGCAUUUUGGCUUUGGUUCAAAUCUGGAUCUGCUUGCCCAAGUUGUUUGUAUUGAAUAGAGGGAGGAAGAGAAGGCAAAUAUCGAAUAAGACGAGGAGCAUAGAGAAGAUGGAACCUCAGCUUAAUGGAGAGGACCAUGAUGAAUCACCACUAGGUGUGAGGAAGAUGCACAGAUUCGAGCAUAUUGGGUCAAUGGCUUCUGUUUCGCAGUCAUAUGGCCCUAUGAGAACUCGAAGUAGACUUUUGAUGAGCAUUUAUGUUGUGAUAUUUAAAGCAAAAAUCAACUUGCUUCUUCCUUUUGGACCUUUGGCAAUGAUUCUCCAUUAUCUUACCCAAAUGCAUGGAUGGGUUUUCUUUUUUAGCCUUUUGGGCAUAGCACCUUUAGCUGAACGUUUGGGUUAUGCAACUGAACAGCUUGCAUUCUACACUGGCCCAACAGUUGGAGGUCUUUUAAAUGCUACUUUUGGGAAUGCGACAGAAAUGAUCAUAUCAAUUUAUGCUUUAAAAAAUGGAAUGAUCCGCGUUGUUCAGCAAUCUUUACUUGGAUCUAUAUUAUCUAAUAUGCUCUUAGUUCUUGGAUGUGCUUUCUUUUGUGGUGGGAUUGUGCAUUCUGAGAAAGAUCAGAUUUUCAAUAAGGCAGCUGCUGUGGUAAACUCAGGAUUACUCCUGAUGGCUGUAAUGGGUCUGACAUUCCCAGCAGUUCUUCACUUUACACACUCAGAGGUGCAAUAUGGAAAGUCUGAAGUUUCCCUUUCAAGAUUCAGCAGUUGCAUCAUGCUUGUGGCGUACGCUGGCUAUCUAUUUUUUCAACUCAAGACUCGGCACAACAUCUAUAGUCCAAUUGAAGAGGAAGAAAGGCAGAUUGUUGAUAUUCAAGAUGAGGAGGAUGUGCCUGAGAUAACUCUUUGGGAAUCAAUAUCAUGGCUUGCUGUUUUGACUGCCUGGGUUUCUAUACUCUCCGGCUACCUUGUUGAUGCUAUUCAGGGCGCUUCUGAGGCUAUGAACAUGCCUGUGGCUUUUAUCAGCGUCAUUUUGCUUCCUAUUGUUGGGAAUGCUGCUGAACAUGCAAGUGCCAUUAUGUUUGCCAUGAAGGAUAAGCUUGAUAUUUCAUUAGGUGUUGCCAUUGGAUCGUCUACACAGAUAUCAAUGUUUUUGAUUCCAUUCUGUGUGGUUAUUGGUUGGAUGAUGGGACAAAGGAUGGACUUGAAUUUUCAGUUAUUUGAGACGGCUACUCUCUUCAUCACAGUUCUAGUUGUUGCUUUUAUGCUUCAGGAGGGCACUGCAAACUACUUCAAGGGACUAAUGCUUAUCCUCUGUUAUCUCAUUGUUGCUGCCAGUUUCUUUGUACAUAUUGAUCCUGCUAUCAAUGAUUAGAAACCAAUGUACCAACAAAAGCUGAUCUCUCAGCGCCAAUGCCACUAUUCAUUGCUGUGGGAUAAUCAGUAUAUUUCUGUGGAAAAUAGCCAUUAAUGCCAUCCUUGGAUAGUUCUUCAAUGUUUUUGGGAUCCUUAAGCCUACUCGUCACAUUCCUUCAUUUCAACUAUACUUUCCUCUCUUCAGCUAUGGGCUUUUGCAAAUGUUCAUCUGAUAUAUAUUAGGAAGUUUCAUUUUUUGUAUUACUGCCAGCGAAGCUGUGUACAUUGAACAAUAUAGUGAUUACUAAGGUGACUAAGUGAGGAUCACAUGAUGUAUUCUACAGAUAACUUGAGAGUAUGAACCCAACAUUUUUUUCUCUGUUGAAAAGAAUUAUUUGCAUAGAGUUGGAUUAUAAUUC